AUGUACUCCGGUUCCCUAAAGUUUAUUUUAAUUGUCAUUGUGUUUAACUCUCGGCAUUGGUCCAGCUACGAAGCCACGGACGAUAAAACCGAGUCUUCUAAAACCAACUCGAUAUUGAUGCUCUGCAUUGGUGCCGGUAUCCUGAUGGCUAUGCUCCUGUUGAUAGGUGUUGUCUUCUCCCUUUACUUCAAAGUGUCCCAGGGCCCCUCCUUGCCCUGGGGCCGCACCCUGGCUGAGGUCGGGAGCAGCGGGCAGGUCUGGAAAGGCAGAGGCCGAGCUCCAAAGCUACCUGUUUGUUUGGACUUAAAAAGUAAUCCCUUCGCGGUCAUCCGGGACAAGAUCACGGCAGCCUCCUCCGUAGCCGCUGAGCCCUAUCCCAGCCUCCCGUGCUGUGAUGAAUGUAAUGUGUAUGAUAACUUUGAUUCCCUGCCGCCGUGCUUCUGUGAAGUAAACGAGGGUCUCUAACUUGGUGCGCACAAAUAUCUUCAUGAGCAAUACGUAUUUCUUUCUUAGUAGAGUGGUUUUUUUAAUUCAAGUUUUAUCAUGUUU